CUGAUACAAAGCGUUUGCGAUGAAUGAACGUUAAACUAGCGAUACAUUUAUUAAACAAAGUUCGGAAUUGAAUUAAUAAACACUUUUGAUGCCCUUAACGCGUCGAAUUGCAUUUUAUCUGAAAGAUGGGAUGGUAUCGCUGAGUAAACGAUUGGUCGGUCGCUGGAGAAUAUUAGCGAACUGUAGCAUACUUCUGUGAUUAUUUUGAGGAGUAAUUUCCCGCCGUCGUUGUUGUUUGUUACUGUGUGGUAAUUAGUUUUAGCAUCGAGCGACGCGUGUAACGCGCCCAAAAUGAUGUAAAGUGUUACCGUAAACGUAUUUUGUCUAAUGAAGACGCCGUCUGAGACGUUAUAGCGGAGGGAAGGUUUCAAAAGAGCGUCGCGGAAUCAAUGAGCGCUUCUAAAGUGUAAUGAUGAAGUAAAAAUCGCUGAUUGGACGGACGCGUGACCCCGUAGCCAAUGAGAGGAGAGAUGGGGAGCACGAGGAGCGCGUUAUAAUAAAGGAGAAAAUAUGACGUCAAUAUAGGAAGUCAUUGUAGAGCAACACUACAACGAUUAGUGGCAAAAGGGAGCGUGAUGUCGAGGAGUUAGAGCAUCCCAAUCUCUCCACACCUCAACUUUGAAAGAAAGUUCAAUAACCAUAACAAAAGGACGUGGACUACACAGACCCACUCGCUUUCCACGUUUCACCUUGAAUGUAACAACAUCUUGGAGCGCAGGCUAUGUUUCUGUUUUUCUUUGCGUAAGUGCAAGGAUUUUUUUUUGAUUCGCGCGUAAUGUUUGUUUUGUACUUUUCGGGGCUUUUUUAAUCGUUCCGUCGGUCCGGUUAAGUUUUUUUCUUCUUCUUCCUCUUACAAAAUUGCGCAGGAAAGUUGUUAUGAAGACGACUUAAGUGCUCCUCUUUUUCUUGUACUAUGGAAGGAUCCAGUGGGUCUAGUUUCGGAAUAGACACUAUUUUGUCCACGACCAAUUCUGGCAGCUCGGUACUGAUGAACGGAGAUUUUCGCCUCGGUGACGGUAACAGAACAGCGGAUUUCAGGAGCCAGGCGACCCCGUCACCAUGUUCGGAGAUAGACACUGUGGGAACAGCCCCCUCGUCCCCGAUCUCGGUUACGAUGGAGCAUCCCGAGCCGCAUCUGGUCCAAGACAGCCUUCAGCAUCACCAUCACCAUCAUCAUCACAGUCAGGCUCAGAGUUUGCAGCUUUCACCCCAGCCUCAUCCGCUCGGUCAGGCCGGCUGUGCCCCCAGGACUGCCACCUCCUCCUUUCUAAUCAAAGACAUUUUGGGCGACAGUAAACCGCUAGCAGCGUGCGCUCCUUACAGCACCAGCGUACCAUCCCCGCACCACAGCCCCAAAACAGAGAGCGGAACCGCCCCGGACGGCAUCAGGCCCAAACUAGAGCAAGAUGAGAACAGAAGCAAACUGGACAAAAGAGAUGACAUGCAGAGCGAUUUAAAAUGUAACGGGGCGAAAGAAGAGGGCGAUCGGGAAAUUUCUAGCUCGAGAGACAGUCCGCCGGUCCGCUCGAAAAAACCUCGCAAAGCGCGGACGGCCUUCUCCGACCAUCAGCUGAACCAGCUGGAGCGCAGCUUCGAAAGACAGAAAUACCUCAGCGUUCAGGACCGAAUGGACCUGGCAGCGGCCCUAAACCUCACAGACACACAAGUCAAAACUUGGUAUCAAAACCGACGGACGAAAUGGAAGAGGCAGACGGCUGUCGGAUUAGAACUGCUGGCUGAAGCUGGAAAUUAUUCGGCCUUACAGAGAAUGUUCCCAUCUCCGUAUUUCUAUCACCCGAGUUUAUUAGGCACCGUGGACAGCACGACAGCGGCCGCCGCCGCCGCUGCCAUGUACAGCAGCAUGUACCGGACUCCGUCCACGCCGCAUCCAUCUCUCCAGAGACCGCUCGUCCCCAGAGUGCUCAUUCACGGCUUGGGGCCCGGGGGACAACCGGCACUGAACCCGAUAGCAAACCCAAUACCGGGCACACCGCAUCCCCGGUAAAACGAAAAGACGCGGAGAGACAAAUGCAUCACACGUGAUGUGACAGACUGCGCUGAACUUUCACGAGACGCAUUUUUUCCCCCCCUCCGACGCCGAGAGACGAUUUUAUCGAAGAAAAAAGAUGUAUUAUUUAAUAUGGACCAUUUCUGACGUAUAGGCCAAACUAAACCAGACGAGCCUGUGACCGUGACAGUAAAAGGACUGUUCAUUGUCA